CGGCGGCGCGGAGAGGCGAGGAGCGGAGGGAAGGAUGCUGAAAAGCUGCGGGAGGAAGCUGCUCCUGUCCCUCGUGGGCUCCAUGUUCACCUGCCUCCUGGUGCUCAUGGUGGAGCCGCCGGGGAGGCCGGGGCUGGCCCGGGGGGAGGCCGGCGGGGCGCAGCGGGCGCUGCAGAGCCUGGGGGCGGCGGCGGCCGUGGCCCCCCCGGCGGCGCAGGGGCCGCCCGGGCUCCGCAGCUUCGCCGAUUACUUCGGGCGGCUGAGCCGAGCGCGCCGGGAGCUGCCCCCCGCCCCGCCGAGCCCCCCGCGGCCGCCGGCCGAGGACAUCUCCCCCCGCGAUGUCUUCAUCGCCGUCAAGACCACCAAGAAGUUUCACAAGGCGCGGCUGGAGCUGCUGCUCGACACCUGGAUCUCCCGCAACCGCGACAUGACCUUCAUCUUCACUGACGGGGAGGAUGAGGAGCUGAAGAAGCAAGCACGAAACGUCAUCAACACCAACUGCUCAGCUGCCCACAGCCGCCAGGCCCUGUCCUGCAAGAUGGCCGUGGAGUACGACAAGUUCAUCGAGUCUGGCAGAAAAUGGUUCUGCCACGUGGACGAUGACAACUACGUGAACGUGCGGAUGCUGGUGAAGCUGCUCUCCAGCUACCCCCACACACAGGACAUCUACAUCGGGAAGCCCAGCCUGGACCGGCCCAUCCAGGCUACGGAGAGGAUCAGUGAGAACAAGAUGUGGGGGUCACUUCAUGAGCACUGCAGAGAAGAUCCGCCUGCCCGACGACUGCACCAUCGGCUACAUCAUCGAGUCUGUGCUGGGCGUGAAGCUCAUCCGGAGCAACCUCUUCCACUCGCACCUGGAGAACCUCCACCAGGUGCCCAAGUCGGAGAUCCACAAACAGGUGACACUGAGCUAUGGCAUGUUCGAAAACAAGCGCAACUCCAUCCACAUGAAGGGCGCCUUUUCUGUCGAGGAGGACCCAUCCAGGUUCCGCUCCGUGCACUGCCUGCUGUACCCCGACACGCCGUGGUGCCCCACCAACAUGGUUUACUAGGAGGCGCGUGUGCCCUCCAACCUCGUCCCGAGUUUCCCCGGUAUCCGACGGGCGUGCGGGACCUGCGUGCGGGUGUGUCGGUCCGGCCUCGCCGCGAGGCGGACGGACGGACGGACGUCGUUGCUGUGGUAUUGCACAGUGUGUGUGUACUGAAGGCUGCUGUGCGGCCCCUUCACCCCUGCCCUGCCUGCCCGGCUGCCCGUGCCCGCUGCCUGGUCCGGCCGGGAAGGUGGAGAGGGACGGGAACUGAGCACUUAACCACUGGGCACCCCGCGGCUGGCGGGCCCCACGCCAUGCGUGGGGAGCGGCCACAGCGCGGGGCCCUGCCCCACCCCGGGCUUGCUUCUCCUUGAGUUUUUUCCUUUCAAAUGUUAAGUUUUUUUGGUGUGUUCUUCCCUUCUUUGCAUCUACCCCCCAACCCGCUACGGUAACCCCUCACCCACCCCAUCGUCUCUCCCAGUCCCAAAAUCUCAGCAGCGAAGCUCUGGCUCCCAGUUUGGAUGAGGGGUCCCUGUGAGUUCUGCUCCCCGGCUCGGCAGGCAGGCAGAGCAGGCAGAGGCAGGCAGGGGAAGCCUCUGGCCAUGGCAGUGGCUCCUCCAGGGUGCCACAAAGCUGCUGGGUGCUCGAAAGCCACACAGGAGGGAGACAGUGGGGUGGGCUGGGAGCCGGUGUUGGUGUUAACUCCGUUUCCAGGAGCUCUCCCCACACGGGUGAAGCGUUGCCGGCAGCAUCGGUGGGUGAACUAUUUAUAGACUCGUGUAAAGACUUUCUAUAAAUAUGGGCGUGGGAGGAGGGCUUUUCCGGAGCUGCCGCGGUGGGAUGGGCACCGUGUUUGCGCAGGGUCUCCCUCCAGUGCUGCCUUCCUGCUGCUCAGACAGCCCUGCAGCUCUGCAAAGGAACACCUCGAGGUCUGGCCAGGGGCUGUGUGCGUGUCCCCUGAGGGGCCAGAGCAUCCUCCAGCCCUGGCCUGGAUGUGGGUGCUGCCCAGGAGGCACCUGACCAGUUGGGCACCUGCCAUAGGCAGGCAGCAUCUCCCAACCCGCCCAUUGUGCUCUCCCUGACGGAGGGGGAUUUAUCCAGGGAGGGAGAGGGACCCCGCAUCCUCUGAGAGCUGCCCUGCCUGCCAACACCAGCCCUCUCUCUGCCCCUGGGCCAAGCCAGAGCUGAACAUUUCCAACUUGAAGCUGAGUGAAAAUAGCCCAUAAUGGGUGUGUUGUAAAUAUGUUAUUGAGCCAGUAUUUUUUUACUGUGCCUUUUUUUU